AUGGGUCUCCUAAACCGCCUACGCGUGCCCGUCGCAGCUGGCACCUCCGACCUCCAAGGCCGCGAUGCCCUCCUAGACAACGACGACAUCCGCCCUCUCAAACUCGCCGACAGGACCUGGACGCAAUGGACCUACUUCACCUUCUGGUUCUCCGCCGUGGCCACCGUAUCGAACUGGUACGCCUCGUCGACGGCGCAGGCGCUGGGGCUCUCCAUGUGGGAAUCCCUCGGCUGCGCGUUCGGCGGGCAGUGCCUCAUCGCCGUCAUCAUCACGCUCAACGGCCGGCCCGGCGCGACGUACCACGUCGGGUUCCCCGUGUUCUGCCGCACGGCCUUCGGCAUCUACGGCGCGUGGUGGCCGACAUUCAACCGCGCCGUCAUGGCCAUCGUGUGGAACGGCGUCAACGCCGUCCAGGGCGGCCAGUGCAUCUACGUCAUGCUGCACGCCAUCAUCCCCGGCAUCGCCGACAUCCCAAACACCAUGGGCGACGGCAGCGCGCUGACGACGGCGGGCAUGAUUGGCUUCGUCAUCUUCUGGCUCAUCACCUGCGCCUUCCUCGUCAUCCCCGUCCCCAGGAUGAAGGGUCUGGUGUACGCCAAGCUCGUCGUCUUCGUCGUCUCCGCCGUCGCGAUGCUCGCGUGGACUGCCACCAAGGCAGGCGGUCUGGGCCCCGUAGUAAGGAGGGGCGGCACGGCGACGGGGUCCAAGAGGGCAUGGCUGAUUGUGCAGUUCUUCAUGCUGGGUGCGGCUAACUGUGCCACGUUUGCGAGCAACGCCGCCGACUUCCAGCGGUAUGCGAAGAAGAAGAACGACGUCAUCAUCGGAAACAUCUUUGGGUUCCCCGUCGCAAACCUCAUCGUUGCCGCCGUGGGGAACUUGGUCUGCGCCUCGAGCAAGCUGAUCUUUGGCGAGCUCAUCUGGAACCCCAUCACGUUGUUGGACACCCUCCAGACGGCCGAGUAUACGGCCGCCAACCGCGCCGGGUGUUUCUUCAUCGCGGGUUGUUUUGCGUAUUGCUGCAUCUUCAGCUCCAUUUUUGAGAACUCUCUGCCGGCGGGCAACGACAUUGCCGCCUUGUUUCCAAAGUAUCUCACAGUAAGACGGGGCUUUUUCGUGUGCGCCGUCAUUUCCUUUGCCAUCAACCCCUGGUUCCUCUUGGGGUCCGCCUCCGUCUUCGUAUCGUUCCUGUCCUCCUAUCAAACCUUCCUCUCCGCCAUCACCGGCGUGCUCCUGGUGAACUACUACAUCGUCGGCCGCGGACGAAUCCACAUCCCCGACGCCUUCACCUCGAUGAAGACGGGAGCGUACUACUACACCCACGGCUGGAACGUGCGGGCCUACGUCGCUUACGUCGUCGGCAUCCUUCCCAACUUUUACGGGUUCCUGAACAACAUGGGCGUGGCCGCGCCCGUCGGCAUCACGAGGUUCUACUUCUUCGCGUACUGGGUUGGGUUGGCGCUGUCGGGAUUCACGUUCUGGGCGGCUUGCAAGAUCUGGCCGCCGCCGAUCAUGGAGGAGCGGUGGAUCGAGCCGAGGGAUUACGUUCGCCCUGAGGAGGAGGGCGAGGGAGAUGUGAUUAUGGCUGUUCCCAUGCCUGAGAACGCAACUGGUGUGGACGCUGAGAAAAUCAGCGAAAAGGCGGCGACAAAGGUAUAA